AUGAUCGCUGCUUACUGUCGCGUGUCGAUGAUAGCGGCAGGUGUGUCUGCUACUGUUGCGACAACACGCGGCCAGAGUUUUGCCUCUCGAAGCCUAUUGCUGAGGAGGUUUCCACGUGCGUAUGGCAGCAUAUCCCAGCAGAAACACAGGUAG